GCGAACACUCGGCGACUUCGUGCCGUGGAGAUUGACAGUGCGACAGUACAGUUGGGAGUGAUUGGAUCUCUCUUGGCUUCGCUGUCCAUCGAGUGAGAGUUGUGUGUGAGUCACUGGCGGACAUUCCAGGCAUCUCUCGUGAGUGAAAGGGCCAUUCCACAAGCAGACACGAUGUCCGUGAACACGGCGCACGCCAACAACGGCGUCCUCAUUCACGCUGGCGAAUGCAUUCUCCUCUUCAGCGACAGCGUGUCGAUGGAGUUUUCGGGCCAGAGCGGACCCAUGUUCAAGGGCACCAAAGUCGGCCGCUGCUAUCUCACCACGCACAGGUUGAUCUUCAACAACGGCAAGGCCGCGGAUCCGCUGCAAUCCUUCAGUUUCCCCUUCGUCGCGCUCAACGACGUGGAAGUGGAACAGCCCGUUUUCGGCGCCAACUACAUCAAGGGCAAGGUGCGCGCCCAGGAGAAUGGGAAUUUCGUGGGCGAGGCGAAGUUCAAGCUGCUCUUUAAGGCGGGCGGCGCCAUUGACUUCGCGCAGGCCAUGCUGCGCGCCGUGCAGAUGGCCAGGCGCCACUAUCACCACGACGCGCCGCCGCCUUAUGAAGCGCCCUCGGACGAUUGGUACGCGGCGCCGCCGCCGGCCUACAGGCCCAAUCCGACUGGGUACUACGGCUGGGUGCCGCAGGCGGCGGCGUUCCCCAACCAGCCGCCGCAGGACAGUGUCUUCAUGUCGCCCAAUCCGCCUCCUUAUCCAGGCAUCGCGCCGCCGUCCGGCGGUCCCGGCGCAGCUGGCGGUUUCGGCUAUCAGCCGCAGCAGCAGAGCAACGGAUACCCAGGACCGGCUGGCGGCUAUUCAGGCUACCCCGGCGCCCCGCCCGGCUAUCCUGGCCAGGCCGCCGGAGGCUUCCAGCCGCCGCAGGGAAUGGGAUGGCAGACGGGACCUUCAGCACCCGGAUAUCCAGCGCCAGGCGGCUAUCCAUCGGCCCCCAGCGGCUACCCAUCCGCCCCCGGCGCCAUGGGCUUCGCGGCACCACAGCAGCCGCCACAGAAUUCAAAGGAGGCCGAAGCCGCCCAGAGCGCCUACUACGAUCCCAAUCAGCCGCAGACGGCAUACGUGCCGCCGCCGCCAGCUUACUAUGAACAGCCGCCGAGCUACAACUCAGUGGCGAAGAAGCUUCAGUAAAUAAAAGAAUCUUCACGGCUUUCAUCUUUGUCGUGCGCCUUCUCAACGAUAAUAAAGACAGCAAGCAAGGCUGAUGAAUUGCCCAUGAAGCGCGCGAAUUGGGAUUAAAAAGAAAACAAACUAUUUUACUACCACUUUAAUCAACCGCAUAUUAUUGUGUCUUUGGAAGCAAUUGUCCUGUUUACUAUGCGUGAAAAAAAAACAUUAGCACUACUAUUGAGAUGUUUAUAAACUCUUUGUAUAUUUUAUGUAUAGUUGCAAAUGUUAUGAAAAGUAUUACAAGUCCUACAAAAUGGUAAGAAA